UACUAGCAGUCAUGGCUGUCCUUCUGGAGACCACGUUAGGGGACAUUGUCAUUGAUCUUUAUACUGAAGAAAGACCCAGAGCUUGCCUAAAUUUCCUGAAGUUGUGCAAAAUAAAAUAUUAUAACUACUGUCUGAUACACAAUGUGCAGAGAGACUUUAUUAUACAGACUGGUGAUCCUCUGGGGACAGGCCGAGGAGGCGAAUCUAUUUUUAGUAAACUGUAUGGUGACCAAGCUCAGUAUUUUGAAUCUGAAAGGGUGCCACGGAUAAAACACAAAAAAGUGGGAACAGUGUCAAUGGUGAACAAUGGCAAUGAUCAGCAUGGAUCUCAGUUUCUGUUCACAAUGGGGGAGAAUCUGGAUUAUCUGGAUGGGGUGCACACAGUAUUUGGAGAAGUAACUGAAGGAAUGGAUGUACUGAAGAAAAUUAAUGAGACUUUUGUGGAUAAAGAUUUUGUUCCCUAUCAAGACAUCAGGAUAAACCAUACUGUGAUUCUAGAUGAUCCAUUUGAUGACCCACAGGAACUGGUUAUUCCAGAUCGAUCCCCUGAACCCUCCAAAGAGCAAUUAGAUAGUGGCAGGAUUGGUGCAGAUGAAGAAAUUGAUGACAGCAAAGGAAAGUCGGUAGAAGAAAUUGAAGAACAGCUGGCUGAGAAAGAAGCCAAGACCAGAUCUGUCCUGUUGGAAAUGGUCGGUGACAUACCAGAUGCAGAGAUCAAGCCUCCUGAAAAUGUACUCUUUGUGUGUAAACUAAAUCCUGUGACAACAGACGAAGAUUUGGAGAUAAUUUUUUCACGAUUUGGAGCUAUAAAAAGCUGUGAGAUAAUUAGAGACGGGAAGACUGGUGAAUCGCUGUGUUAUGCUUUUAUUGAGUUUGAAAAGGAAGAAGACUGUGAGAAAGCCUAUUUUAAGAUGGACAAUGUGCUUAUUGAUGACCGGCGAAUACAUGUGGAUUUCAGUCAGUCUGUGGCUAAAGUGAAAUGGAAAGGAAAAGGAGGACAGUAUACAAAAGAUGACUUCAAAGAGUAUGAGAAGGAAAUGGGAAAACAGUCCAAGCUUGCCCUGAAAGACAAAGCCAGGCCUAAGCAAGACAGCAAAUAUGAUCUUGUAAUAGAAGACAAUGCAGAGGAGACAAGCAGAAGUCAUCGACAUUCUAAACAUAAAAAAGAAAAGAAGCGCCAUUACUCUGAUGAUGAAGAUGAAAAGAGAACAAAAAAGUCAAAGGAUUCUGAUAGAAAUGAUCGCCACAGGAAACAUGAAGAGGAUUAUUGCAAAGAGAAGAGGCGAAGUGAAAAAAAAGAAGGCAGGAGAAGCCGUAGUCUUUCCCGUGACCGUAGUAGUUACUAUAGCUCCAGGGAAGAUCCCAGAGAGAGAGACAAGGACAGGAGAAAAGACAGAAGUCCAAAGCAGUACAAAGAGUGGUCCAAGUAUCCAUAAAGAUGCGGAUAGACCAAAGCCAAAAUGAGCAUGCUUAUCCAUGUGUGUAGG